AUGGACGGUGACGACCACCACUCAGAGAUCCCCUCGAGGAUGCCGCAUAUGGAGCGCUCAGACUCGUCAUCCGCAUCCUCCAUCGACCAGCAGCAAGACCCGCACGACCAGCACGAGAUCCAGAUUCACGCACCCGUCCCCCGCCGUCCUAGGCUACCUAGUCGCAAGAGCAGCGGCACCAUCAUCGUCCCUCGAGACUCUGCCGCCGCCUCAGAACCCGCCGACACGAGGAUAGAACCGGGCGACGUGCGCGCUAUGAGUCCGAGAAGGACAAGCGAGGACAUCGAGGCGAUUGGCAAGGAAGCCAGAGACGAGCUGAAGAAACACGCGAAAGCACUUCAGGACUCCCUCCUGACUAUUCUGAACCGGAUUGAGGCCGUUAAGGAGGAGCAUGACAAGCUCGACAGCAACAACAAGUUCCUGCAGAAGUAUAUCGGGGACCUAAUGAGCACGAGCAAGAUCACGGCCACGUCAGGCAGGGGGAAGAAAUGA